GGGAGGAAGUAUUAUUCUUCCGCUCCGGCCCGCUGUCCGACCCUCCAAAUUUGGUCCCGGCAGGCAAAUGCGUGAUCCCAUCGCGAUCGCUAUUCACCACCUGAGCUAAUCUUCCCCAAAUCACAACAUUACUUCACUUGUGGUGACGCCAGCAGGCAUGGCCCUUGUCUCCCGUUGAUGGCGCACUGAGCAUGUGGUUUAUCUUCGCCAUUCUGGCUUCCACCUCUCUUUUCUCCUAACAUCAGUCGCCCGGACGUCUCUCGUCCCCAUUGAUUGAUCUCUUCUCUUUCCACUACCCUCCAGAAAAGAGCCGGUGGUGAUCUUCGCGAUGGCUGUCGCAGACCAGCCUUCGGGCCUGAUGGAUAUCGCCAGCUCAUUGACGCAGGAUGAGAUUCCGUUCAAGCUGCGAUGCGCCAUUUGCAAUAAACUGGCUGUGAACGCUUUCCGCCUUCCGUGCUGCGAUCAAGCCAUUUGCGAGAACUGCCAAGUGUCUCUCCCCGAAACAUGCCCCGUCUGCGCGCAUACGCCCCUCUCUUCUGAUCUAUGCAAACCGAACAAAGCCCUUCGAACUACCCUCAAGGCCUUCCUUCGCACCGAGGAAAAGAAGCGCGAGAAGGAACGACAGUCGGCGACGCCGGCGACGCCCGCGGAUGCGACUCCAGCUCAACAGGAACUUCCGGCUGCAGCGACUGGUGCUGGGGAUCAGCCCGCAGAGGACGGUCCGGCAUCUGGCACUGCUCCUGUUGAUAAUGUCACUGAAGAGCCCACUACUGGAUCUAACGAUCCAGAGCCCAAUGCGGACAACGCCAUCAGCAGCGAACCUGCUGAGGCUUUUGCUCUGGUAGGCCUCCGAAACAAGUAUAGUUUGCCCUGCUAACACGAUAUUCUUGCAGGGCGAAAAUGACGAGAAUUCUUCAGCGCCUUUACCGGAUCACUCAGAUGAAACCGCCCAAGACGGAGCUCGGGAGGAUGGUCCGACCGAUGAGAACCAAUCCGCUCAGGCCAACGAGGAAGAUAUCUCUCAGGGCGGCGAGCCGGGGUCAGUGGCUCCC